AUGUCGUCAGAAAAACCCGAGGACUCGCACGCUGCGGAUCGAAUUCGUUGGCGAGACGAGGAAGAAGGCCAUGAUCGCCGCAGAAGUCGUUCCAGAGCCGGGCUUCGUCGUGCCAGUUCUACGGAUUCUCUUGCCAUACGGUCUGUUCAUGGGAGAACCACGGUUGAUCCCGCUGUUACGCUACCUAUUCAGUAUCGUACCGUUUCAUUCCAAAUAGAGGAAUCUAAAGGCAAGGAACGAGCAGAAUUAAUAAGGGCCAGCGAGGUUGCGGCCAAGGACCUGAGUGACCUGCAAUGGCACACAAUAACGGCCACGGAAGUUGCCGAGAGGCUAGUAACUUCAUCAACCAACGGGCUGUCAGAGAGCCAAGCUGAAAGACGACUCGAGGAGUAUGGCAAGAACGCGCCGUCGCCCCCAAAGACGAACCGAAUCCUUACUAUAUUAGGAUACUUUUUCAAGGGCUUUGGCGGCAUUCUUCUUGUUGGCAGCAUUUUGGUCUUUGUAUCAUGGAAGCCUCUCGGAGAUCCACCUCAGCUGGCCAAUCUGGUAUGCGAGAAAAUGCUUAUACUGCCGUCAUGCUUUCAUGAUGCUAAUAUUUUCUUCUUUGAGCAGGCACUGGCGAUUGUUCUUUUGGCAGUUUUUUUUCUUCAAGCAGCCUUCACCAUGUUCCAGGAUUGGUCAACUUCGCGAGUGAUGUCGUCCAUAAAGGACAUGUUGCCAGAACAAUGCCACGUCACGAGAGACGGACAGAUGGUACACAUGCAAGCCGAGGACCUUGUUCCCGGGGACCUCGUUACUAUACAUGCUGGAAACAAGCUUCCUGCCGACUUGCGCUAUAUUGAGGUGUCACCUGACCUCAAGUUUGACCGCUCUGUACUGACCGGUGAAUCCAGACCCAUUUCGGCAACAGUUGAUCACACAGAUAUCAAUUACUUGGAAACGCACAAUAUUGGACUCCAGGGAACUCAUUGUGUUAUUGGGUCUGCCCUCGGUAUUGUCGUGGCAACUGGCGACCGGACAGUUUUCGGUCGUAUUGCUACCUUAACGAACGAGCCUAAGACGGGCAUGACGACUCUGGAAAAGGAAGUUCUGUAUUUUGUCCUUUUUAUUUGCGCAGUCAUGUUCACCAUGAUUGUCGCUGUUGUCAUCAUUUGGGCCGCCUGGCUGCGACGGGAUCAUCCUGACUGGAUUAAUGUGCCUACUUUGAUUGUCGACUGUGUUAGUGUGGCUGUUGCAUUUAUUCCUGAAGGCCUUCCUAUCGCUAUCACUGCUGGUCUGACUAUUACCGCAAACCUGAUGAGAAAGAACAAGAUUCUUUGCAAGUCUCUCAAGACUGUCGAAACGCUCGGCUCUGUCUCUGUCAUUUGCUCUGACAAGACUGGAACUCUGACUCAGGGUAAAAUGGCAGUUACGGAUUGCUCGAUCGGUACCAACAAUCUCUCGAUGGAACAACUACAUGACGCUCUCAAUUCUGGAAAUGCCAAAGAAAAGCCGAAUGUCUUUCAAACCUUUGGGCAGCUUGCUGCAUUGGGUGCUUUGUGCAACGGAGCCGAGAUGGACGCUGCGCAAGCCGAUGUUCCCGUUGCAAAGCGACACGUAUUUGGAGACGCCACCGACACCGCAGUUCUUAAAUUCUCCGAGUCUGUAGCUCAAGGAAACGUUGCGUAUUUUCGAUCCUGCUGGCAGAAAGUGUUUGAACUUGCCUUUAAUAGCAAGAAUAAGUUCAUGAUUCGGUGCUUCACUCUUGCCCAGCCUGAGGCAUUGGGCCGGACUCUGACUGCCCAGGAUGCCAGCCAAUUCCAGAACAAUGAUCUGUUGCUCACUAUCAAGGGCGCACCAGACGUCCUCGUUGAAAGAUGCUCGUACUACCUAGCCCCAUCAGGAGAGGUUCUUGAACUUACUCAAGGAGCCAAAGCUACGUUUGAGCACCUUAAGAACAUGCAUUCUUCUCAGGGUAAGCGGUGCCUUUUCCUUGCGAGAAAACUCGUCAAGGGUGGUAAGCUCCAAGACGGCGGUGAUUACGAGAAGUCAGCGGUCGAGGAGGCAAAAACUGGUUUGACCUUGGUUGGACUUGUGGCUAUCGUUGAUCCACUGAGGCCUGAGAUUCGUGAUGUUGUCUCUACUCUUCGUGGUGCGGGUAUCAGGAUUUCCAUGGUAACUGGAGAUUUCGCUUUGACAGCCCUGGCCAUCGCUCGGGAAGCCGGCGUCGUUACCUGCGUUCAUGUUGACGGUGUUUUACAUCUCGAAAGAACUACAGUGGAUAUCAGCUCUGCUUCUGAGGACAAUGAAGACGAAAAAACAGUCGCGUCAAGGCGAGGCGCUCUGGUCAUCAGUGGCCCUGAGUUGGCAACCCUGACGGAUCACCAAUGGAGUCUCCUUACCGAGUACGAAGAGGUGGUAUUUGCUAGAACCACCCCGGAACAGAAACUUCGCAUCGUGCGAGAAUACCAGAAGCAUAACGUUGUUGCCAUGACCGGUGAUGGUGUCAACGAUGCGCCCUCUUUGAAAGCUGCCGAUGUUGGUAUUUCCAUGGGCAGCGGCUCAGAUAUUGCCAUGGAGGCCGCCGACAUGGUAUUGCUGGACUCGUUUUCUUCCGUUGUUGCGGCGGUCCAGUAUGGACGAGUAGUGUUUGACAAUUUGAAAAAGGUCAUUGCGUACCUGCUUCCUGCUGGUAGUUUCUCCGAAUUCUGGCCCGUUAUGACGUCGGUUGUUUUUGGUCUCCCGCAAAUUCUGUCUUCCUUCCUCAUGAUCAUUAUUUGCUGCUUCACUGAUUGUGCCGCUGCGACUAUCCUUUCAUUUGAAAAGCCCGAGGCGGAUGUACUCCUCCGAAGGCCUAGAAACGUAAAGAAAGACCGCCUCGUCAACUGGCAGCUAAUCUUUCACGCGUAUGCCAUCAUUGGCGUCACAGAGACCCUUGCGUCCUUCGCAAUGGCCUUUUGGUACCUGCAACGACAGGGAAUUCCCUUCAGGGACCUGUGGUUCAGCUUUGGCGUACUACCCGCUUCCAUCAACCCGGACUACUACAUGGAAAAGUUGAACGAGGCUUCAUCUAUCUACUUUGUCAACUUGGUUGUCAUGCAGUGGUUCAAUCUCAUGGCUACAAGAACAAGACGACUCAGCAUCUUCCAGCACCCCCCUCUGUUCAACAAGAAGACGCAGAACUUGUAUCUAUUCCCUGCAAUUGUGUUUGCCUUGGCAAUGGCGGACGUAUCGACCGCCUUCGCCAUUGUCAACAGCCAAGUGAGCAGACGACCUGCUGCCUCCAGCAAAGAGGGCCUCGGCCCCAUCACGACAGUCCCAAGCAACAGGGUAACCAUUACCGCCAGCGCGCUGGGGUCUGUUUUGGAGGUGACAGACCCUAGAUAUGAUGUUUUCGCCUUUGGAUCGUUUAUGAGGAUGCUCCCCCAGCGCCUCGGGCAUAGUGUUGCUCUGGACGCGUCGGCGGCGGCCUUUGUCAGCGCCCUGAGAGAUUUGCGCACCAGGCAGUCAACCCUCGGUACCAUAGGGAAGUACGUGGGAGCCUUGAGUGCCGUGCAGAAAAGUCUGGGGGACGAGGGCACGGCGUACUCGGCCGAGACGCUGUGUGCCGUGUUCUUGGUCAUGGCCGCGCAACCGUGGCUGUCCAUGAAGGGCGACCGGCAUCCCAGCCACGGCUUGGGCAUGUCGCAUCUGCUGAAGAUCUUGGUUGACAAACAACCUCAUGAUGACUUCUUGCGGACGCUGAUGGCAUCAGUUAGUGUCGUAGUGAUACUCGAGAGUAUAUUCAACCCGGCGAUUGAGCUAGAGUCUUGGAUACACAAGGUGCAUACGCUGACGAGUCAAGAGGAAGAGGAGGCGGCGUUGAAGCUAGGCCUCAAUUUCCGAUGCCUGGAUAUGGGAUGGCUCUCGAAGCUGCCCGAACUCAUACGGAACCCGGUUGUGAACAGCGCCGCCAUCAAGGCCUACUAUGAGAUGAUACAGACCGACUACCCCGGGAUAAAGCGCUUUGGGGACAGCGUGAUUGAGGCGAGAUGCGCUGGGCCGCCGACGUCUCUUCCGCUCCAGGUUGUGCGGGCGCAGACACAGUUCCACGCCGCGCAGUGCAUUAUCCUGUCCAUCGCCAUCACCUUGAAUGCAUUCAUGAGCAAACACUUUGGUCCCGAUGAUUUUGUAGCCGCAGAUAGAUAUGGAUUCUGCGCCGAUGCAAUUGAACUUGCCGAGAGGGCCCGACACCGAAGGCCCUUGGCUGCCGCUCAUAUUCCGCUGUGUCUGAUUACGGCUUGGCUAUCUUCGCGGGAUCCCAUGCAGCAGGUGCAGCUGGAACUUUUGAUGGACGAGUACGGCAAAGACUAUCAUCUGAUCGAAAUGGUUCGAGGCGCAACGCAGGUCGACGGGGGAGGGAAAGAGGGCGCGAUUCGUAAAUUCGCCUGCUUUCCGAUGCAGACACUGGGUGGGCAGAAUGAACCCGUGGUACAAAGGGUUGGUCCUGAAGCUUAUUGCGCAGAGUACUGCACUAUUCUAUAA